GGCCCGAGCGGCGCGAGCGGGCGGCGGCGCGGCGCGGCGGCGCGGCGGGCGCGGGCGAACAUGGCGACGGUGCCCGUGUACUGCGUGUGCCGGCUGCCCUACGACGUGACCCGCUUCAUGAUCGAGUGCGACGCCUGCAAGGACUGGUUCCACGGCAGUUGUGUCGGCGUGGAGGAGGAGGAGGCCCCCGACAUUGACAUCUACCACUGUCCCAACUGUGAGAAGACCCACGGCAAGUCCACGUUGAAGAAGAAGCGGACCUGGCACAAGCACAGCCCCGGGCAGACGCCCGACGUGAAGCCGGUGCAGAACGGCAGCCAGCUCUUCAUCAAGGAGCUGCGGAGCAGGACCUUUCCCAGCGCCGAGGACGUGGUGGCCCGGGUGCCGGGCAGCCAGCUGACCCUGGGCUACAUGGAGGAGCACGGCUUCACCGAGCCCAUCCUCGUCCCCAAGAAAGACGGGCUGGGCCUGGCCGUGCCGGCCCCCACCUUCUACGUCAGCGACGUGGAGAACUAUGUGGGCCCUGAGCGGAGCGUGGACGUGACGGACGUCACCAAGCAGAAGGACUGCAAGAUGAAACUGAAGGAGUUCGUGGACUACUACUACAGCACCAACCGCAAGCGGGUCCUGAACCUCACCAACCUCGAGUUCUCAGACACCAGAAUGUCUAGCUUUGUGGAGCCCCCCGACAUCGUGAAGAAACUGUCCUGGGUGGAGAACUACUGGCCGGACGACGCGCUGCUGGCCAAGCCCAAGGUGACCAAGUACUGCCUCAUCUGCGUGAAGGACAGCUACACCGACUUCCACAUCGACUCGGGCGGCGCCUCCGCCUGGUACCACGUGCUCAAGGGGGAGAAGAUUUUCUAUCUCAUCAAGCCGGCCUCCGCCAACAUCUCGCUGUACGAGCGCUGGCAGUCGGCCUCCAACCACAGCGAGAUGUUCUUCGCCGACCAGGUGGACAGGUGCUACAAGUGCACCCUCAAGCAGGGCCAGACGCUCUUCAUCCCCUCGGGCUGGAUCUACGCCACGCUGACGCCCGUGGACUGCCUGGCCUUCUCGGGACACUUCCUGCACAGCCUGAGCGUGGAGAUGCAGAUGAGAGCGUACGAGGUGGAGCGGAGGCUGAAGCUGGGCAGCCUGACGCAGUUCCCCAACUUCGAGACCGCCUGCUGGUACAUGGGCAAGCACCUUCUGGAGGCCUUCAAAGGCUCCCACAAGUCUGGGAAGCAGCUGCCCCCUCACCUGGUCCAGGGAGCCAAGAUCCUCAAUGGUGCUUUCAGGUCAUGGACCAAGAAGCAGGCCCUGGCAGAGCACGAGGAUGAGCUCCCAGAGCACUUCAAACCCUCGCAGCUCAUCAAGGACCUGGCCAAGGAGAUCCGGCUCAGUGAGAACGCCUCCAAGGCCGCCCGGUCGGACGUGACUGCGGCUGUGUCCUCCGAUGAGCUCUGCUUCGGCGACCGCGACAAGGAGGAGCCCCCGUCCCCCAUCGAGGCCAGCCCGCCGCGGUCCUUCCUGGAGAAAGUGUCCAAAAAAAAGACUCCGAAAACCAUGAAGAUGCCCAAGCCGUCCAAAGCCCCCAAGCCCCUCAAGCCCCCGAAGCCCCCGAAGCCCCCCAAAUCGUUGAAGCUCAAGGACGGGAGCAAGAAGAAAGGGAAGAAGUACCGGGGCUCGGCCUCCCCCAUCCCCGACCUCGACCUGCUGGAGGCCCACACCAAGGAGGCGCUCACCAAGAUGGAGCCGCCCAAGAAAGGCAAGGCCACCAAGAGUGUCCUCAGCGUGCCCGGCAAGGAGGCGGUCAGCGCUCAGAAUGACGUGGAGCGGCUGGAGAUCCGCGAGCAGACGAAGAGCAAGUCAGAGGCCAAGUGGAAGUAUAAGAACAGUAAGCCAGACUCCCUGCUGAAGAUGGAGGAGGAGCAGAAGCUCGAGAAGUCUCCGCUGUCGUCAGGAAACAAGGACUCCAAGUUCUCCUUCUCCUUCUCCAACAAGAAGCUCCUGGGCUCCAAGGCCCUGAAGCCGCAGCCCGGCUCGGGGCUGUUCGGGGCCCUGCAGAGCCUGAAGGAGGACAAGCCGCAGCCCGUGCGGGACGAGUACGAGUACGUGUCCGACGACGGCGAGCUCAAGAUUGACGAGUUCCCCAUCAGGAGGAAGAAGAGCGCCCCCAAGCGGGACCUGUCCUUCCUGCUGGACAAGAAGGAGCUGCCGUCCACGCCGGCCAGCAAGCCAAAGCUAGACUCGGCACGCUACAAGCAGAGCGACGACUCCUCCGACGAGGGCUCCCUGCACAUCGACACGGGCGCCAAGCCCGGCCGCAACGCCAAAGUAAAGAAGGACAGCGGGAGCUCGGCCACGGGCAUCCUGGACCUGCUGCAGGCCAGCGAGGAGGUGGGCGCGCUCGAGUACAACCCCAACAGCCAGCCCCCGGCCUCCCCCAGCACACAGGAAGCCAUUCAGGGGAUGCUGUCCAUGGCCAACCUUCAGGCCUCCGACUCCUGCCUGCAGACCACGUGGGGAGCCGGCCAGGCCAAGGGCGGCGCCCUGGGGGCCCAUGGCACCCGGAAAAAUGGGGGUGGCAGCAAAAACGUGGGCAAGCGGCUGCUGAAGAGGACUGCCAGGAACAGUGUGGGCCUGGACGACUACGAGGAGGACCAGGACCACCUGGACGCCUGCUUCAAGGACUCAGACUACGUGUACCCCUCCCUGGAAUCGGAUGAGGACAGCCCCGUCUUCAAGUCCCGGUCCAAGAAGAGGAAAGGCUCUGACGACGCCCCCUACAGCCCCACAGCGAGGGUUGGCCCGUCCAUGCCGAGGCAGGACAGACCCAUGCGCGAGGGCACCAGAGUGGCGUCCAUUGAGACCGGGCUGGCGGCCGCCGCAGCCAAGCUGUCCCAGCAGGAGGAGCAGAAGACCAGGAAGAAGAAGAGCGCCAAAAGGAAGCCGGCCCCCCACAGCGCCUCGCCCCCGGCCUCGGCCGGCACCACCCCGGCCGGCACGACCUCGGCCGGCACCACGCCCGCCUCCAGCACGCCCGCGUCCACCACGCCCGCGUCCACCAGCACGGCCAGCAGCCAGGCCUCGCAGGAGGGCAGCUCGCCCGAGCCGCCGCCGCCCGAGUCCCACAGCAGCAGCCUGGCCGACCACGAGUACACGGUGGCCGGCGCCUUCGCGGGGGCCCAGGCCGGCCGCGCCGCCCAGCCCAUGGCGCCCGGGGUCUUCCUCACGCAGAGGCGGCCCUCCGCGUCCUCCCCCAACAACACCGCUGCCAAAGGUACCGUGCCCGCCGGGCCCGCCCGGAGGAGGCCCUGCAGCCGCGCGCCCCGCCCCCCGGCCCGGCCCGCGCCCGGGCCCGCACCCGGCGGGGAAGGGGCAGUGUGACGCGGGGGUCGGACGCAGCCCCGCCGGGGCCAGCCCGGAUGGACGUGGUCUGUGGUUCGCCGAGCAAGGGGUGCGGGCCCGUCCGGGUCCCCGCCCGGGCAGGACGGGGUUCGAGGCGGCCCCUUCUCACUCCCUCCUGUGUCCUCUCCUCCGCCCCCAGGAAAACGUACAAAAAAGGGCAUGGCCACCGCCAAACAGAGGCUCGGGAAAAUCCUGAAAAUCCACCGGAACGGAAAACUGCUCCUUUAAAGUUCGGAGAGUCAGGUCAGGAUCCUUCUGCUCCGCUCAGGACCCCCCGGAGCCCCGCUAGGACAUCAGCCCCCCGCAGGGCGGCCGCAGUGCCUCACCCGGGGGGCCCCCCCGGCGCCCGCCCCGCGCCCCCGCCCCCGGCACGCGCCCGUCGGAGCGCACCCCCGCGGACGGACAGACGCCCCCGCCCCGGGGCCCCGUCCGCCUUGAGGACGGCCCCGGGGCCACGCGGCCUUCGAGGAAGGCGCGAGCCCAGGCUCAGCGCCCGGCGUCGGGCCGGCCCCAGGCCGGCAGCCCCCCGGGCCUAAAGCACGGCCUAGGACAGAGCGGGAGGAGAGGGCGGGCGCCGCGCCCCUUCUCGUCCCGGGCCGCCCCCCGCGAGCCCGGCGCGGGCAGGGCAGGGCAGGGCCGGGCAGCGCCCCCGCCCACCCGCGCACGCACUCCUGAGAGCGCCUCUCCCACCCCCCGGCGCCGGUGUCCGCGGCGGGCCGGGCGCGCGCCCGCCCGCCCGCACGGAGGGGCUGCAUUUGUUUCUCAGGCAAUCCUGUAUUUUAAUUUUAGAUGUAUUUCCUGAAGCAUAUUUUUCAUAGAAUGUAGCGUGUAAAUAGCUUUUUAAAUGACUUCUUUUUUAUAAGAGUAAGAGUAUCUUUAGGAAUUUCUUUCUAUAGAGUCCCUCAUUAACAUUUAUACGCGUUUUUUGCCGAGUCUGAUGAACAGUUGGGUUUCAGAUGCUUUCUCCUUUUGCCCCUUUCUUUGGAUUAUUAUGGUUAUUACUAUCAUUCGUUCUUUUAGAAAACUAAGGUAUUGCCUGAAAAACAAGUGAUGUCUGUGCGGCCUUAGGUCUGUCUUUUACAGAAGCAAACAGUGCAAAAGAUCUCUGCCAGACACGUUUUGAAGACAAAUCUUCAACCUGAAUACCAGCUAUUGUUUCCUUCCUGUAUGAUGAGGGGUGGGGGAUGCAGUUAUUUUACUAGCACCUUGUGAAGUGUUUCUGUGUUUUGUGAUGCUGUAAUUUAUUAAUGUUUGUAGCUUUUUAUAUUUGUACAUUUCUUAUGAGCUUUGUUUAUAUACCCAUCCCCGGGUUUUCUUCUGUCCGUGAGGAGACGCAGCUCCACGCAGCCUUACCCGCCGCCCACCGUGUCCGCGGGGGGACGCAGCCCCAGAGCCUGAGGCUGGUGGGUCGCCCCCCACCCCAGCCCGACAGCAACCUCCGGCUCGCAAGGGUUCUGUUCCCUGUCCUUGUGAAACCUUUCUACAAUCUCGCCUGGGCAUCAAGCUGUGCUCUCUCUCUUUUAUUUUUUUAAUUUUAUUAUUAUUAUUUUUGGCAACAUGUACAUUUCUAACAAAGUUUAUCGUGGCUAUUAAAGUGUUUUAUUUCCCGA